CUCUCUCUCUCAACCUUUGAGCUCUUCUGUUGAUGCAAUUUACAGACAUGAGAGCUCUCCGAGCCAUCUACACCCACCAACGCUUCCUCAAACCCAUCUCCCUCCCAAACCCAUCUCUCAUUUCCUUCCAAGACCCCACCUUUUCCCGCCAUUUCCACUCCUCCGAGGAGCCCCGCCGCGCCUGGUCCGUCUUCUCUCCCUCCCCAAAGGCCUCAAUAAGAAGCGAUGGGGGAGACUCAGAAAGCCAAGAGGAGAUGAGUCCGGCGAGGUUGGUGAAUGGGGUGAGUGAGAUUGAGAAGGGUAAGAGUGACAGGAGUGUUGGGAAGGUCAAAUCAGGAAGUGGGUCGGUGAAAAAUGGCAAGGGGAAGGUGAAGACUAGUUGGGUUUGUGACGACUGUGGGGAGACCCAUGGGCAGUGGUUGGGGAAGUGUAGGAGUUGUGAGCAGUUCAACACUUUGAAGCAGUUUUCGGAGAGAAGUGAUGAUGGGAUUGGGGUCUCGGAGAAGGUGAGGUCUUGGUUGCCUAGAGGGGAGGUUCAGCCGGUGAGAUUGAAUGAUGUCAACCGGGGGAUUAGUUGGAUGGAUCGGCGCAUUCCAUUGCAUGGGACCUUUGGAAGUGAAGUUGCGACUGUGCUUGGUGGUGGUAUUGUACCAGGUUCAUUGAUUUUCAUUGGCGGUGAUCCUGGUGUUGGCAAGAGUACACUUGUAUUGCAGAUUGCUGCGCUUAUAGCUGAAAGACAGGAGCUUGGUAAAGCAUCCAGUGUUGUAUAUGUCUCCGGUGAAGAGAGUAUUGAGCAAAUUGGGAGCAGAGCUGACCGUAUGGGGAUUGAAGCAGAUGAUCUUUUCCUGUACUCAAGUACUGAUAUUGAGGAUAUAUUCAAGAAAAUUCAGUCCAUAGCUCCACAGGCUCUAAUUGUUGAUUCCAUUCAAACAGUUUACCUUGAAGGAGUGGCAGGAAGCUCUGGAAGCAUUGGUCAGGUGAAGGAAUGUACCUCAGCCUUGCUGGCUUUUGCAAAGAGGACUAACAUUCCUGUUUUUUUGAUUGGGCAUGUAAACAAAUCUGGGGAGAUUGCUGGACCUCGUGUUUUGGAGCAUAUUGUUGAUGUCGUGCUGUAUAUGGAAGGGGAGAAGCACUCAUCCUAUCGUUUGCUUCGAUCUGUGAAGAAUCGUUUUGGAUCCACUGAUGAGCUUGGGGUAUUUGAAAUGUCACAAUCAGGAUUACAAGCUGUUUCAAAUCCCGGUGCGAUGUUUCUAGGAGAACAGGUUUCAGAUUCAGAGUAUUUGGCUGGUGUAGCUGUUGCUGUAAUAAUGGAUGGAUCUCGAAGUUUUCUCAUUGAGAUUCAGGCAUUAUGUGUAACAGGUCAAACAGUUUUACAGCAUGUAAAUGGAAUUCAAGCUAGUAGAGCUUCCAUGAUUAUUUCAGUGCUUGCAAAGCAAGCUGGUCUAAAGCUCCAGGAGAAUGCCAUCUUCUUAAAUGUUGUUAGUGGGUUGACACUGAAAGAAACUGCUGGUGAUCUUGCAGUAGCCGCAGCAAUUUGCAGCAGUUUCUUGGAGUCCCCUAUACCCAAUAGCACUGCAUUCAUUGGUGAAAUUGGACUAUGUGGUGAACUUCGCCUGGUUUCUGCAAUGGAUAAAAGGAUACAUACAUUGGCAAAACUGGGUUACAAGACAUGCAUUGUACCAAAGUUAGCUGAAGAAUCUCUAAAAGGAACUCCAGGUUUCGAGUUUAUCAAAAUCAUAGGCUGCGAGAAUCUGAAAGAGGUUAUCAAAAAUAUGUUCAGAUCAAACUGAAGUGGAGCACAUGAUUCAACUUUGUGCAUAAAUUGUAGAUAGUUCUGUCUUAGUUUUAGUGUUACGGGAAAUGGUGUAAAAAUGCAAGUCAUAUGUACUUGAUAGUCACCCAUGGCAGUAAGUGAGCGACUGCCUCAAUUUUGGAUGCAUCAGGCAGAAUGUAAUUACUGUGCCCCUGGCCUCACAUUGCUGAGAACAAACAAAUCUAACAACUUCAAAGACAAAAGUGCAA